AUGUCGUGUGAUUUCCCUUCCGCUAUUUUUGUUGGUCUUGAUAUUUCACCGAUCUUUCCUCCGGAACAGAAAAAACCUCCUAACGCUACUUUCCUUCAAGCAAAUUUGUUGGAUGGUUUACCUUUUCCUGAUGGAACUUUUGAUUUCGUUUAUCAACGUUUCAUGGCUUCUGCUUUAGAAGAAUCCCAGUGGAGAGAUGAUGUUAUCGCAGAACUUGUUAGAGUUGUCAAACCUGGUGGUUGGAUCGAAUUAAUGGAACUUGAUGUUGUUUGUACCGAAGACGCUAAUGCUCCAACUUAUCAACGAUUCAAUCGUUCACUUAUGGACUUUCUCGCCGAUCGAGGCAUUAACGGCUUAAUUAGUUCCAAAUUAGAAGGUUAUUUAGAAAGUACACAACAACUCACAGAUAUUCAAUGUGAAGAACGUUCAACUCAAAUUGGUCAAUGGGGUGGAAGACUUGGUGAAAUGAUGUGUGUUGAUCUGUUAGAAGGUGUUGCUGCAUGUAAACCAGCUUUAUCACAAUUUAUGAAUAUCACAUAUGACGAAUUUGAUUCUAUGUUGCAAACAGUGCGCAUGGAAGUUGAUUCAAGUCAGCUUUGCUGUAAGACUCAUAGGCAAGUAUAA